CUUAGCUUCUGGUCUGUCGUCUGUGCUCGCGAAGCAGGUCCUCCAUGGCAAUGAGAUCCGCCACCGCCCGCGUCCCUCGGUUGUGGAGGCCGGCGAUGGAGAAGCUGGCUCGGAGGAGCCCUCGUUUCUUUAGCGACGACAGGGGUCGGAUCCUCAGCGAGGAGGAGCGAGCUGCCGAGAACGUCUACAUCCAGAAAAUGGAGAGGGAGCGGAUGGAGAAGCUGAGGCGAAAGGCGGAGAAGGAGAGGCUCGAAGCCGAGAAGGCCAAGUCCGAGAAAAGAUCCGAGGAACCUCACAAAGGCUGACGCGGAUAUGCUCUCCUUCCUACCGCAACUCUUCGCCUGUGUACAUACUGUGGUCUUGGAUAAAUGUAUGCGUGCUUAAAUAAGAUGAAGAUGAAGUGGCAUGUAGACUCUUUUCUUGUGGACCUCUGACAUUAAUCUGUACAUAUCCUGUAGAUUUAACGUGUAAUAACGUGGAGUUGAUGCUGGAGGUAUCGACUUCAGCAGCUUCGAUGUUUAUUAAGUGAAUGCGAAUGCAAUGGCCUCUUGGGUUGUAUCUCAC